UUCAUGUUCUUACUUUCCCAAAUCUCUUUAGGGCAUUUCUCUAGCUUAUAACUUAUUAUUAAGAGAUCGGUCUCAUCUUUUGAUAAUCAAGUUCUCUCUGUAUAUCAUCAUCAUAUAAGCUAUAGCUUAAUAAGGGCUAGCUCUUCUAGUAUUUCGGUCUUUGGAAUCAAUAGAAAGAAAUAACUAAAAUGGGAAGGUCUCCAUGUUGUGAGAAGGUAGGGUUGAAAAAAGGACCAUGGACUCCUGAGGAAGACCAGAAGUUAUUGGCUUACAUCGAAGAACAUGGCCAUGGAAGCUGGAGGGCCUUGCCUGCUAAAGCUGGGCUUCAAAGAUGUGGGAAAAGCUGCAGACUGAGGUGGACAAACUAUCUUAGGCCUGAUAUAAAAAGGGGAAAGUUUAGUUUACAAGAAGAACAAACCAUUAUUCAACUCCAUGCUCUCCUCGGAAACAGAUGGUCAGCUAUAGCAACUCACUUGCCAAAGAGAACAGACAAUGAAAUCAAGAAUUACUGGAACACUCACUUGAAGAAAAGACUGACCAAGAUGGGAAUAGAUCCCGUCACCCACAAACCUAAGAUAGAUGCCCUUGGCUCUGGCUCUGGCAACCCAAAAGACGCCGCUAACCUAAGUCACAUGGCUCAGUGGGAGAGCGCUCGGCUCGAAGCCGAAGCCAGAUUAGUUAGAGAAUCCAAGCUGUUGCUAACCAGCAAUAACAACAAUGCCAACAACAGCAUGGCACUACCACAUCAUCACAACCACCAACUGGGCUCGGCUAAUCAUUUCAUGAACAAGCCAGGCGGAGCCAUAACCCCACCACCGUGCCUGGACGUUCUCAAAGCGUGGCAAGGCGCGUGGACUAAGUCGAGUAACAGUAGCAGUCGAGAUUGUAAUACUCUCGCGGGAAUGAUGGCUAUGGACGACCUUGAAUCUCCAACGUCCACGCUGAACUUCCCGGAUGCCAACCAUAAUUACCCUAGGAUUAAUAAUCAAACUGCUACCACAGUUGGAUACGGUACUAAUGAUACCACUGCUGAUCAUGACGGUUGGAAGUCGUGCUACGGCACGACCUCAGUUAACAACACUUCUACAAACACUAACAAAGUAGUAGUAGCAGCAGCAGCAGCGGCAACGAUGAAUAGUGAUGAUAAUCACGACCACAACAGCAACAUUAACCAUAUGGUGGCUCCACCUACCCCGCCGGAGUUCAAGGAGAGAAACAUGGAACAUGGUAAUACGAUGUCCUUGCAGGACAUUGCGUUCGCUUGUAGUGAAGGAGGAGCCUGGUUUGUCGAUCAUGGGUUUAGAGCUGCAGCGGCCAGUAGCGACGGUGUGGCUGCAGUGUCGAAUAUCAUCGAAGGAUUCACGGAUGCUUUCAUGUACAACUCUGAGGAGCCGAACUCGGCGGACGUGGUUGGAGAUGGUGAGAACUCAAACGACUGCGGUGGGGCCGGCGGAGAAGGAAGCUGUGGAGCUAGCGGGUUAUUUGAAGAGAACAAGAACUACUGGAAUAGUAUACUGAAUUUGGUGAACACGUCACCGACUGGGUCGCCUGUGUUUUGAUAUUAGAGUUUUUGUUGUAGUAGCCAGUAAUGGUAACUAUUGUUUCUUAAUGAUUUGUUUAAUUAGUGACUAUAUAUAGGGCUAGUCAAAGAUUAUCAUAGUGGCCUUAUUAAACAUGAUUAGCAAGUUAGUGUACUAAUAAUGAUGGAAAACUCCUAGUUAAUAAUAAUAAUAACAUGUCCUUUUUUAGUUUUUAA